AAGCUUCUGGGCUACCGCUUAAUCGGUUUAAACUCGGGACAACGCCAACUUCAAGCUCGAAUGAUAGAGGCGAUCAUCAUGGGAAACAAUGCCAGCAGUCCGACAGACAGAAGGAGUACGGCUUCCGCCAGAGAGCCAGCCCACUGGGGAUCUGCAGAAGCAGCCGUCAACAUGGACGUCAUCGGCACCGCCGGCGCGCUUGGCUGGGCUGAUUCUUGCAACACGAUCGACAGCACCAUGGACAGUACGCCUUCCUCCGGCGAAGAGGGGGGAGUGCCGCUGACAAGGAGGCUGAGCAGCAAGACGAAACGCCAGAUUUCUGAAGAGGAGCAGGAAUUUUUCGACUCCAUGGAGCGCAACAUCCAGCGCAAGCAGAGCUACGGAGGUCCAAUGCCGCCGGAGCCGGAGCCGCACCAGUGGACCAACUUCAUCGGUGGCACGCUGAACAGCGUCAGCCGGGAGCACAAGCCGCACUACAUGUUUCGCACCGUGCCCUACAUGGACAUGGACAUCCUGCACAAGCAUAACAGGCACCUCAACUGGGAGGCGGCACGACCGGCGAAGCUUCCCUUGAAGAGGAGGAACAGCUCGUCUAGCGUGGAGCUGUGCCUGUUCAUCGACGACCUUGACGUGCAGGCCAUGAUCAAGGUCACGAGCUUGGUGCUGCACCACCACAUCUCGGAGGGCUGUGCCAUGUCCUGGCCCAUCGACCCGCGAUUCAACAUCUUCAACGACCCUCCGGGAAUGGAGGUCGCUAGCAGCAGCAACGGCAGCAGCAACGGCAGCAGGGGAGUGGCCAACGGAGGACGAGGCUUUCGCGCUGUGGGUAGGGGCAGGGAGGGGGGGUGGGGAUCUAGAGGGCCGCCGGAGCGACCGCCUCCGUCAUACGCAGAGGUGCUAGAGUUUUACUCGUACGUGUUCAAGACGGCCCAGCUGGAGAAGGACUGCGUGAUCAUGUCCUUGGUGUACAUCGAGAGAGUGCUCACGGAGACCGCCGGCAAGCUACGAAUCUUUGGAAAAAACUGGAGGUCCGUUGUGCUAUGUGGUCUUAUCCUCGCGUCCAAGAUAUGGGACGACCUGUCCAUGUGGAACUGCGACUUCAGCAAGGUGGGACGAUGCUCUCUGCGGCGCAUCAACGAGCUCGAGGUGGCCGUGCUUCAGGUGCUGCAGUACAACGUUCGCGUCGCCUCUUCCCUCUUCGCCAGCUACUACUUCCGGAUGCGGCACUGGUGCAUCCUCCUCGGGGUGGAAACCCCGGGGCUGUACGACACGUCCCCCCCCCGCCGAAGGAGCGAGUCUUUCAAGGCCACCGAGGCCCUGGCGAUAAAGGAGGCGGCCGCCCGAGCCGCUGCGGCCGCGAGGGCCGGCGAGAAUGAGGCUCGCCGCGUCCGGCGGGAGGCCGCCGAGGCGACGGCGGCGCUGGUAGCGGAGGAAGACCUGGAGGACUUGAGGGGGGCUGGGGAGGGCGGCAGGCGGGGGGCAGGGGCGGUUGUCGGCAGCGGCAAGGAGCGGGACAACCUGCUGCAGAUCGGAGGGGCUACGAGGGCGCCGGAGGGGCGAAGAGCAAGAGGGGUCCCUGGUAUCUCGCACAGGCUCGACGGUCGGGUGUACAGGAGCUGCUACAGCAGGUUGCCCCCUUCCCUCGAAGAGCUGGUGGACAUGACGCAGACGGACGCGGGGGGGCGGCAGGUGCUCCCGAGAGACCACCAGCAGCACGAGAGACACAAAAGAAUCAGCAGCUGCAUACUGCGACGGCACAAGCAGGCGACCCUGCAGAACCUCAUCCUCUCGGAGGUGGGCGACGUGCGAGCCGCGUACGACGUGAGCGACAACGACAGCCGCACCAAGCGGUCGAGCAAGGUGGACCUCGCCGAGGCGGCCGGCUCGACCGGCGUCGGGGCCAUCCUCGGCGUCGGCAUCUCGGGCCUCGUGCAGGUGGUGCGCCACAAGAAGACCGGCGUCUCGUACGCGAUGAAGACCCUGAAGCUCGGCAGGCUCGAAGACUUUCACAAGACGGACGAGCUGCGCAACGAGAUCAUGGUCAUGUCGCAGCUAAAUCACCCUAACAUUUGCCGACUCCUGGAGAUUUACGAAUCCCCCACGAGGGACAGCAUCUGCCUCAUUCUCGAGCUGUGCACCGGAGGGGAGCUACUUUCUCGCCUAAAUAAAGUGGGACACUACUCCGAGAAGAGAUGCUGCGAGCUGGUGCGGAAAAUGCUCUCCGCGGUUAGGCACUGCCACGCGCACGGGCUGUGUCACCGCGACCUGAAGCUGGAGAACUGGGUGUUCGAGUCGGAUAAGCCUGACGCGGAACUCAAGCUCAUCGACUUCGGGCUUUCCACCUACUUCGGCAAGGACGAGGUGAUGCACGUACCGGUGGGCACGCCGUACAGCAUCGCGCCGGAGUGCCUCACGGGGAGCUACACGCUGCAGUGCGACGUGUGGUCGGUGGGGGUGCUGGCGUUCAUGAUGCUGGCGGGGAAACCUCCUUUCACGGGAAGGGACGACUUCGAGGUGUUGGAGGCGGUGAAGGCGGGAACGUGGAAAUGGCCGGAGCACGUGUCCGUUUCCGAGGAAGCCAAGGCCUUCGUCGCUGGGCUGCUCGUCGUCGAUCCCGCGCAGAGACUCACCUGCGAGCAGGCGCUCAAGCACCGCUGGAUGCAGUCGACUCAGUCCGAGAAUGAGCUUCCGAACCCGCUGGUGAUGGACUCGCUGCAGAGCUUCGAGUCGCUCGGCACGAUCAAGAAGCUGGUCCUGAGGAUGAUCGCCUUCACUCUGGAGGCUUGGCAGGUCGAGUCUCUACGGUGCGAGUUCCGCAAGUGCGAUCGAGCCUGCAACGGUCUCAUCACCCUGCAAGAGCUCCGGGCGUCACUAGCGCAGCAGGGCCUCCUGAGCAACGGUCGCGACGCCGUUGGGCUGGGCAAGAUGCUCGACGCGGCGCAAGGAGGGCCCGGGGACGCGGGCGUGAUUCGGUACAACGACUUUUUGGCGGCAUCCCUCAUGUCUUCGAAGGACAACUCCAUUCUCGACGAUGCCAUCCUUCAGGCGGCUUUCGACAAGUUCGACCGCUCCCAGGCCGGUGAGAUCACAGGCCGAGACCUGCGGCUGUUCCUAGGGAAGGAGCUAGACGACAACGAGAUCGACAAGAUGCUCAAGGAGGCAGGCCUUCAGCACGGGGGAAGCAUGUCCUUUGAGGAGUUCAAGGAGCUCAUGCAGACAACGCUGUGCUCGCCAACCCUGAGCCGCGCUGGCAGCUGCCCUCUGCCGGACAGUUGAUGUUGUGGUUCGACCAACACCCGCCGCACAGGAGUGCGUGUCGCGUGUGCCCUAUGCGCUCGGUGUGUUGCACGAGACGCUACCUAGAAAAGACGCUCCGGGAGAAAACAACACUCUGUCUCCACGUGAGGCGUGUGGAGGGUGAAUGGUCCUCUUACUCUUUCACUGGUGGUGUGCGGAGCAACGGAGGCGUUGUCAGGCGGGGGGCGGGGGCGUGCAUACGCGUGCCUCUAACCCUACGGCAAUAAUGGCGGGGUAUUUUCAACGACAAAAACGUGGGCUUGUCCAGCCUGCUCGGCAACGUCGGCCUACUACAUAGAUGUGACGUGAUUGGUGCGCGUGUGCGCUGGGCAACUGCUAGCUGGUGGACCGCGCGUUUCAUUUGUGGUGGAAUCUUACGAAGGGCGGAUUGACAACUGCCAAACCAAUAUUUUUCGGAUACCGGCUGUAGCGCCAUACAUGGAACAUUCCGGCAGGGGCAGGACGAGCCGUAGACUAAGGCUUUUAUGAGGUGCUCGGUGGGGAGAGAUGUGGUCAACUUUGGCGACCAGCACUAUCGGCGCAAUGUCUCGGCGUGUCGGUACAUGAUUGGUGGUACAACCAUAGUAGAAGCAAGGACCAUGAUUGUGGCAGCGCUAGACACUUUGGGUGUUGUGUAUAGAAUGGGGGGGGGNUGGCGUGUUUUACAGCGCUUUGCCAACAGCGCCAACCCUCUCAAGUCUAGAUUGGGGGGGCGGAGGGGGGAGGUACUCUUAUGUUUUGCAUGCCUUACCUUAGCGGUUAGACCAUUUACCGCGCGCCGUCGAGAGGACGGAGCAUUGUUCCCAAAGCACCGAUCACCGAUGGCCAAUCGUUCCUUUCUACUUUGCCAACGGUGGCUCAAAAAUGUCUUCCCUAGUCUGUCUAUCCUAACGAUAUCCCUUCCCGCCUUUUCAACCCACCUCCUAUGCCCCAGUACAGCUACCGUCCUUUCCUCUCUAUUCCAUGCCUCAAACAUCUCCCUGUACGUCCCAUCUUCUUUUACCAGCUCAGUCACGUACAAGGGGAGGGGGGUGGUCGUUUUUUAUUCCACCGCGAAUAAUAUAUUCGCCAUUGGAUGAGUGUCCACAAAAAUGUGUGCCAUAACAGUGCGCCGGACUGGGCACGUAGAUGCCGUAGGUAGGACAGCUACGAAGCGAGCGCUGAGUUUUGCAUUGGUGUACAAUACAAGUACAGUGUACAAAAUAGGGUUUUACAAUGCAAAACUAGCUCACGACGAAAAAAAAGUUUUACACUGCCGUCUCCGUUGGUGUCCGGGGCGGGGCGCCCACCCGGUUUGCUUUUGGCGGAACUAUUAUGCGCCGUUUCCCCGUUUUCUUGUUGACAUUUCCUGGUCGAAAGUAUAUCUCGUGGCACAAUCUCCAAACAGCGAUGCUGAGGCUUUUUGCGGGGGGGGGGUGGACAACCAAAUUUCUAGGUGCUUGGCGUUGGACUGGGUACACGGGUGAGGGGCGUCAAUAGCACCUGCACAACAUGAUAGGGUGGUGCUCUUGUGUUCCAACCUGUCGUGUGCAGCUUGCUGUGUGUUGGGGAUGUUGUCGUGUGUUGGGGAAAAUGCUCGGGGUGAGUGGGGGCGCUCGAGUGUGCCGAUCGACCCCCUCCUCGCUUCGUGUGUCGCUUGUUGCUUGUUGAUUGCUGGUCAGUUGUCCGCUAACAGGGUAGGGCGUUGGGUUGAGUCGCACGCGUGCGUCGGUGUGCGAGCCCCGCGGCCGAGCACGGUGUGCGGGUGCUAUCUUGCCGGCGUGGUGUGGAUGGAAUCAGGUUUGUUCGAUGUCAUAAUCCUGCACGCAUAUCGUUGUUUGCCAGUCGAUUGGAAUGCGAGAUUGAAUUGUCAUACAUAGAGUUGUGGGGGCGGAUAUUCCCGAUUUGUGGGGGCUGACACUGCCCUGAAGGGGCUACAAAUUCCUCCGUUUGCAACCUUAACUCAUGGCGAGUUUGGGUGUUGAGUCGUGGGUACUUUGCUGCGUGGGCGUGUGGACGGCAGUCUGUGUGAGGGUGUUACUUCUCAAGGUGGUUGUUCCGCAAGAGCUGCACAAGUCCUGAUGUCUUU